AUGACCGAUAAGACUGAUAAUAAAGAAAUCAAAAACACCAAGUUCACAACACCAGAUGAUACCGUUGUAUUAAACGUUGGCGGAGUCAAGGUAUUUGACAUUGAGAACUUAAAAUCAUUAUUAAUUCCAAAAAAUGGAAAUGAAUAUUUUAUUGAUCGUUCAGGACAAAUCUUUUAUUACAUUAUGCAAUUUUAUCGAACAGGAAAAAUCAAUAUAGAUAGUCGAGGUGGACCAAUAUCGGUUAAUCCUAAGGAGAUAGAAGUAGAAUUAGAUUAUUUUCAAAUACCACGACCAACACCAUCUACAAUUGAUAAGAUAGUAAUUUCAAAAGUGAAUGCAUUGGUAGACACCUUUAAAAAAUUAAUAAAAGAAGUAGCAGAAUAUUUUAUGAUGAAAAAUUCAUUUAAAAAAUUUAAGACAGAAAUAAUUAUUUGUUUUCUCGAUAAUGGACAAGCUACCGUUAACGCAGGAUUAGAGAAGAGUUUAACAGACAUAUUUGAAUCUACAAAACAUUAUGCUUAUAAUAUUAUGUCUAUUUAUAAAGAAGACAUUAAAAAGUAUUUAAAAAUCAAAUAUCCAGAAUUAACUUGGGAUGAUGAACAUAUAGUUGGUUCCGUACUAUAUUACAAAAUAAGAUUAACAAUCGAUUGGAGUUUAAAUUAUGGAAAUAUUUUAGGAAGUUCUU